AUGAGACAUUUAGGAUCGCCGAAAGGGGUUCAUGGUGGGAUGAGCUGGGGGAGUGUUCAGAGUGCUGAGCAAGCUGCGUUUAGGUUUGCGGCGAGUUUGUUGGUUUUGGAUGAUGUUGUUGCUAGUACGGCGACGCAGGAGGAGCCGAGAUUAUAUGCUUAUCAUCAAAGUCUUCUCGGUAUGGUCGGUGAUGACGAGCUGCUUAUUGACCUGGAGGAUGUGGUAGGAUGUCAGAAUUGGGUUGUCAUGCAAAUUGGUGAGAUUGCCGUGCUGGAUGCGUGGAAGCAGCGGGGUAAGAAGGAGGGGGAUUUGGAUGUGAUGGAGUUGGUAUACCGUGGGGCGAGGAUCAAGGAGGUUUUGGAGGAACGUCUCGUAAUUCUUGUAAAUGAACAUGUCAAGCCAAUGAAGGAGACGAUGGGAUUAUUGGAUAUCUUUGGGGACGGAUAUGGCACGCAGUCUACGACGGCAACUGUACAAAGCAUCAUCGUAACACGCGUCUGGGCCCACGCCGCAUUUCUAUACCUUCACGUUGUCGUGUGCGGAUGGCAGCCUUCAGACGUCGAGACACGGUACCACGUCAGUCAAACUAUCGAUUUAAUUUCGAACCUAUCACCACCGGCUUUGGCAAGGACCGUGGUUUGGCCAUUUUGUGUAGCAGGCUAUUUUGCGGAGGUAUCACAAGAAUCACAUUUCCGCCAGAUAGUGCAAGGUUUGCAGCCAUCAGCGCUUUUUGGCUCGGUUCACUCUGCAUUCAAGAUCAUGGAGGAGGUGUGGCGGAAUAGAGAUUCGGGUGAUUCUGCGGAUCGUGAUCUCGCUGCUUGUUUUAGAGGUCUAGGGGAGAUGGCUUUGCUAGUUUGA